AUGGAGGGAGCUUCGACAGAUGACAAAGGAAGAGAUUUAGUCAUUGCGAAUUUUGUGGAUGGGGGCAUUCAUGCACCUUCCACAAAUGAGAACAUUGAUUUUUCAAUUGUUUACAAAACUUGCACUUCAAUGCUUUGUGAUGAUGGUGCUGUAGUACUUGUAGAGGUGUCAAACAACAUGUUGACCUGUACAGACUUACAAUGCUUAAAACCGCGUGCAAAAAUUGAUAACAUGGUUAUGUUGUUUGCCACAGGGAUGAUUGUGUAUAAUGAGUUGCACAUAGCAGGAAUGAUUAGUCGCUGUUUUUUCAAUCCUUUUUUUGCGACAAUGGUCAUGGAAAGGCUGAAGAUUCCUAAGAAAAAGCGAGAACCGUUGACACAAACUGAUUACCAUCACUGGUUCCAACCACAAUCAUUUGCAUUGAAUGUUUUGUUAAGAGCUCAAUUUUUGUUUGUGCCUUCCGUUGGUGAUGACCAUUGGUGGUGCUAUGCUGUCAAUUGUCAAUCAAGGGAAUUGUUCAUUUUGGAUCCCCUUGGUCACAAAAGGCGGUCCAGAAAAAAAAUUGACAAGGCUAUAGUUGCCACUUUGCAAGAAUUAUUCAAUAUGAUUGACAUAGACUCAAACUAUAAGGAGCAGGAAUUGAACGUCAUUGAAGAAGAUUUGCCAGUGCAACCAAAUACGUAUGAUUGUGGUAUGUUGGUGAUUAAAUAUAUGGAGUUAUGGGACCACACACCAAAAUUUGAUGGGAAUAAAAUACCUGAUUAUACAACGGAUCAAUUACAAGUUCUAAGAAAACAGAUGGUUUGUGAGUGGACAUUACACAAAGAUAAUGUUCAUCGGAGUUUGGUAUUGAAGAAAUGCGGGAUGGCUGAUUAG